GCGCACUUCCGGCUCUGCGCCGCGGCUGCGUCCAUUGUCCGGCCCUGGUGUGGCUGAGGCGGUUUCGGAAAACCCGUCCGCUGAUCGGAGUCCGGGAGGACGAAGCCUGGAGCUGGGGAAGGAGAAGCCGGCCCGUGGCCCUUGGGUGGGCCAGAGGGCGAGAAAUCCGGAACCUCCCGGAGGCGGUGAUUCCGAUCCCUGUUCCCGAGUGGGGUCCCGACGAGGCGGGAAUGGCCCGGAGGCCGCCGAAGGCCGCGCUCCAGGUUGUGUUCCCCAAGCACUCUGAUUCAGUUAUAUUCUCCAGCAGUAGCCUGACAGUCCACGUGGAUUACCUAACUCAGACUGUAGGCGAUGAGCAGGCAUGAUGGACAGAACAGAACACUGGCCCUACAAAAGGGAUUUGAAUCAGUGACAUUCAAAGAUGUGGCUGUGGACUUCACCCAGGAAGAAUGGCACCACAUGGACCCUACUCAGAGGAUCUUGUACAGGGAUGUGAUGCUGGAGACCUAUAGCCACCUGGUUUCUCUUGGAUAUCAAGUUUCCAAGCCAGAGGUGAUCUUCAAAUUGGAGCAAGGAGAAGAGCCAUGGAUAUCAGAGGAAGAAAUCCAAAGACCUUUUUGUCCAGACUGGGAGAUCAGGCCUGAAGCCAAAUCAUCAAAGCCGCAGCAGGGCAUAUCUGCAGUCUCCCGUAACACAGAUGAUCUCUCACAUGCCGCACUAGAAGAUGGCUGGGGUGUUAGAAGCCAGUUAGACAGACAGCAGGAAAACUGGAGGAGACGUCUGGGGCCAGAUACAUAUACCCAGAAGAAAACAGUCACACCAGAGGAAAGUUUUGAGCAAAAUAAAUUUGGUGAAAACUCUAGAUUAAGCACAGACCUGGUUACACAACUGAACAUUCCUUCGAGAAUAAGACCUAGCGAAUGUAAUACUCUGGGAAGCAACUUGGGACAUAAUUCAGACUUACUUAAUCAGAAUAAUAUCCUUACAAAAAAGAAACCCUAUAAAUGUAAUAAAUGCAGAAAAGCCUUUAUUCAUAGAUCAUCACUUACGAAACAUGAGAAAACUCAUAAAGGAGAGGCAGCUUCCCCCAACGGUACAGACCAGGGGAUUUAUCCUGGAAAGAAACACCAUGAAUGUACUGACUGUGGAAAAACCUUCCUCUGGAAGACACAGCUUACUGAGCAUCAGCGAAUUCACACUGGGGAGAAGCCCUUUGAAUGUAAUGUAUGUGGAAAGGCCUUCAGGCAUAGCUCAUCCCUUGGUCAGCAUGAGAAUGCUCAUACUGGAGAGAAACCCUAUCAGUGUAGUCUCUGUGGGAAAGCCUUCCAGCGAAGCUCCUCCCUUGUUCAACACCAGAGAAUUCACACUGGAGAGAAACCUUAUCGAUGUAAUUUAUGUGGGAGGUCCUUUAGGCAUGGCACAUCCCUCACACAGCAUGAGGUUACACAUAGUGGGGAGAAACCCUUCCAGUGUAAGGAAUGUGGGAAGGCCUUUAGUCGGUGUUCUUCCCUUGUCCAGCAUGAGAGGACUCAUACUGGAGAGAAACCUUUUGAAUGUAGCAUAUGUGGGAGGGCUUUUGGUCAGAGCCCAUCCCUUUAUAAACAUAUGAGGAUUCAUAAGAGAGGCAAACCUUACCAAAGCAAUAACUAUGGUAUAGAUUUCAACCACAGCUCAUCUCUUACUCAAGAUGAAAGCACUCUCACUCAAGUGAAAUCCUAUCAUUGUAAUGACUGUGGGGAAGAUUUCAGUCACUUUACAGACUUUACUGACCAUCAGAGGAUCCAUACUGGAGAGAACCCCUAUGAUUGUGAGCAGGCCUUUAGUCAACAACCUACUUCUCAACCAGGAGAGAAACCCUAUCAAUGUAACGUUUGUGGGAAAGCUUUCAAAAGGAGUACAAGUUUCAUAGAGCAUCACAGAAUUCAUACAGGAGAGAAACCCUAUGAAUGUAAUGAAUGUGGAGAAGCCUUCAGUCGGCGCUCAUCGCUUACUCAGCAUGAGAGAACUCACACUGGAGAGAAACCCUAUGAAUGUAUUGACUGUGGGAAAGCCUUCAGUCAAAGUUCAUCCCUUAUUCAGCAUGAGAGAACUCAUACUGGAGAGAAACCCUAUGAAUGUAAUGAAUGUGGGCGAGCCUUCCGAAAAAAGACCAACCUGCACGAUCAUCAGAGAAUUCAUACUGGAGAAAAGCCCUAUGUUUGUAAGGAAUGUGGGAAAAACUUCAGUCGAAGCUCAGCUCUGACUAAGCAUCAGAGAAUUCAUGCUAGAAAUAAACUCUAGGAACCCUGAAAUUAAGGAAUGGGCAGAAACAUUUGGCUGAAAUACUUUCCUAAUUCAGUAUGAGAGCAUUCUUACUGGAGAGAAAACUUAAGAAUGUAAUGAGUUAUGUGUGUAUUUCUAUGUUGUGUGUGAAGAAAACUGUAUGCCAGUAGACAAUGUUCGUUUUUUAAUAAAAGUCACAUUCUCAGAUUUGAUUACAGAUUUUUGUAAAAACAACUACAGACAUAUAACCAGUUAGAAAUGAUAUGCCUAUAUAUUGGACAUUAUACAGUUUUUGAGUAUAUGUAUGCAGGAGAUUGCCAAUUCUCGACAGCUUAGCUUGUAGCCCUGUUUACAGCCCUUUUAUAAAUAAAAUUCCUGCAGCAAUGACCAAAACUCAUUUUUAAAACUGACAGCUGCAGCUCUUUGACAAAAUUCACCUGGGAAACCAAUUCCACCUUCAGGAAUUCACCAUUCAAGGAAUUAGAUCAACUAGUCCAAUCACUUCCUUGUACAGAUGAAGAAACUGAAAACCAAAGAUGUGAAGUGGUUUGCACAGUGUGAUACAGCUUAUAAUGGCAAAGCUGGGUGGAGAAUGCAGCCUUCCUGGAUCUUUGGUCUCAUGGCCUUGCUGCUGAAAAGGUAUUUUGGAAUUCAGAGUGCUCUAAAGUAAAUUUUAAAAUAAACCAGAUACAUAAACAUUUAAUGAGCACCCAUGGGUUGGACACUUUGUGGAUUAGUAAAAGGUAGCAAGACUUACGCAAAUUUGUUUAAGGCAACUUGUUGGAAACCUGUAAACCAAAAUGGUAGCAGAGACCGUGGACUGUUGAACUACUGGUGACUCCUUUCCUUUUCCCAACUAUCAUAAUUAUACUUUCAGCUAACAUAUGUCAGUUUCAUAAAAUUUUUGUGCUUUUCAUGACUCACUGCCAUGAGAAACCACUGCCCCAAGCUUUCUAUGUCAUAUUGAGAAAACAAAGCUAAGGGAAGAGAGAAUUUUUUUCCCAAGUUAAUUUUAUUUUGGGAAAGUAUAAGCCCAGUUACCUGCUGCCAUAAAUUUUACCUUUGACUCAGUUUGGAAAAACAGAAGGUAUUGGUUAACAUUGUGUGCCAAGGAUAUUACACCAUAAAGAAAUCAACUUUUUUCAGUCCAUGGUGCUUUUCUAUCAGGAAAGCAGUAGUAAAGCUUUAGUGACUCACCCUGGGCCUUAAUGUCCCCUAACAUCUCCCAUGGGUCAUCCUAAAGAAAUUUCUAGAACCUUUGGUGAUUCAUUGGCAUCGACAGCACAGACAGAUUUGGAAGCAGCUAUGGAUGUUGAUCUCUUUUACACAAGAAUCGCUCCUCCCUAAGAUAAGCAAAUUUUCACAGCACUGAUGAUGAAUCAUGGGGAGGGGUGACAUGGGUGGCAUUGAUAUAAACCUUUCCUACUGGAUUUUUUGCAUGCCAGGUAGUGGAAUCCUUGACUCUUCUCUCAUACUGGACAGUAUGAAGCAGUUCCCAAGCAUUCUUCAUUCUUGUUAGGGAAGAUGUGCUUGGGGACUAGAAUGUGGGACGUCUAGCCCAAUGAGUCUGCUGCCUGUGAAGCAUGGCAGAUCUGCCUUCCAAGACAUUAACCACUCAGAAAACUUUGUUUAUGAUGCUCUGUGUUUAGUGCACACAUGAUGCCAAGUCCAUGUUUGUGUUGUCUGAUAGUUUGACUAUGGGUAGUUCUACAGAGAUCCUUCCCUGCUGAUUAACUAGAUUAUGUGUUAGGAACUCACUUCGCUGCAGACUGGGGAUUCCCAUAGUGGACUACUUUCAGGAAUGUCAUGAAUUGUAACCAGUUGAAUGUUGCCCUGCUGUUACAGAAGUUCGUAAAGACCUAGUCCCAGAAGACCCAAAGGAGACCACUGGUUUAUGUAUGGAGCCCGACCUAGAUCCAGCCAAUCUGAGCCUCAUUACAUCUUCAUUGGCAGGGAGGGA